AGAAAUGGAGUUUCCAGGACAUAGUCAGCAGCUCUUGGCCAGCCUGCGCUCUCAGCGUCUGCAAGGGUUUCUAUGUGACUGCACCGUGCAGGUCGGCUCGACUCGUUUCAGAGCCCAUCGUCCCGUGUUGGCCUCUUUCUCUCCUUUCUUCCAUAUGUUUUACUCCGAUCAGUCAAUGGGGAAUACCAGCACAAUCAACGGAGGGCCACAGAGAGACACGGUCACUAUUAAUGGAGAUAUCGUGACCCCACAAGCCUUUGGACUCCUCCUUGAGUUCAUGUACGAAGGGGUUCUGCGGUUAGCAGCCCACCCCCCUCCAGAGGACGUGCUCGCCGCAGCCAGCUUCCUACAUAUGAAUGACGUGGUGCGAGUUUGUAAGAGAAGACUUCAGGGUCGAGGAUUGGCUGAGGCGGAUAGUACAAGAGUAGAAGUUGGCGCAAACGAGUCAGCUAAACCUGGAGAACUUGAUGGCUCGAAUGGAGAAGAAGACAUACGUGGUGCAGAAACAGGAAGAGAUGGAGCAGUAGCACACUGUCUUCAGUCGAGUCAACAAAUGUUACUUUAUAUUGAUACCAAGUCUGAAACACAAGCAGGUACGGCUAAUCUCCUCACACACAGCGCAGAGAGAUCAGAAAUGGCGGACACGACUCAACCAGGAAUGGACUCGCAACCAGCCUUUCGUAAUUCUUGUUCGGGUCCGUCCACAUAUCGUUCUUCACCUGACAAGACAAGAAUAUCGGCACGGCCUGCUAGCCUCGAGUCGGCACUUUCAAGUCCAUGUAGUACAACAGAACUAAUUCAGACAGAGACGCAUCCUGUUGUAACCACUGCCGUGGCUCUGAGCAGUGUGGACAAUGCUAUUGCUGCCCAAGAACAUGAACCUAGCGUUUUCAUUCAGGUUCACACACUAAAACCCCAAAUCCAGAAUAAGGGUGCAGGAAAUCCAGGGUCUUCACAACACAUUGAGAGCCAGAAUGAAAGGAGACAUGAGAGCACUUUACCAAAUACAAGAAACAUGCAAAGUAAGCGUAAAAAAUCUCUUUCGCAAACACCAAGGGAGGAAAAUGAAGAUCGAUUUAAAGUGAAAGUGGAGGCCAUUGUGAUUUCUGAUGAAGAGUCUGAUGAUGUAGACGAGACUGUGGUCACGGAUGACGGCCCAAGUAGAAGUGCAGAUAUAGAUCACGUGGAUGAUUAUGACGACAGCAACCAUGAUGUUGAGGAGCUGACUGAUACUCAGUUCAUACCUGCACACCCGUUAAUUCAUCUUCCACAUCAAGAACCCCUUUCUUUCCCUCCCUCACCGCAAGGUCCUAAUACUUCUGCAGCAGAAGCCACCAGCUUUUCAUCAUCUCUUUUUCCAACCAAUUCCCAGCCAGAGCAGCAGGCCAUGUACCUUGAGGAUUUUCAUGACUCGCUUGGGAGUUACAUAGAGGACGUGCCUACUUGUAACACUUGCGGAAAGACUUUUUCCUGUGCUUACACCCUGAGGAGACACGCCAUUGUGCAUACUAGGGAGCGACCUUAUGAGUGCAGCUACUGUUACCGUAGUUACACACAAUCUGGAGACUUGUACAGGCACAUCAGAAAGGCACACGAUCACGGCUUACCAGUGAAACGCAGCAGAGCGGAGUCAGACCUUCCACCGUCACCACCUCCCCAGACGCAGUCGUGAUCUGUGGCUCAAUCCUUCAGAAACUUGUAUGAAAUACUGCUGAAGGCUUUUGCAAAUGUCACAAAUCAUG